CUUCUUAAUUUGACGACGAUGUCGAUAUAAUAUUAAUUAUCUAUCUAUCUAUCUAUCAAUCACUUAAUUAGUCACACGAUGGAUUCAUGGUCGUCGUCAUGAUGUAUGUAGCCAGCUUCAGGUAGAUCGAUCGAGGAGACAAGCAAGCAACGAAGCUAGCCAGGACAAUUAAGGAUGACGCAGAUGAAGAAGAGGACAAGUGGCGGGGUGGUGGUUAUUCUGAUGAUGACGACGAUGAUGAUAGAGCUACUAGUGGUGCAAGAAGACGCUGCUGCAGGGUACUACUGUAACGGUAUGAUGAUAAGUAGGGCAGCAGCAGCAGCAGGGGGAUCCUCGUCGUCGUCGGGUGGCAUAGGCAUAAUUAAUGCAGGGUACAAUAAUAAUGAACCCAAGAGAGCAGUUCCAGGAGGGCCAAACGUGUGCAGCGGUAAUCAUUGCCACUCCUCCUCCUCCUCCUCCUCCUCCUCCUCCUCCUCCUCCUCCUCCUCCUCCGCCCUGAAUGAUCAUGCUGCAUAUGCUCAUCUUCUCGCUGCUGCACCUCCGCCUCACAACCACCACCCAUAAUCAUAUAUAUAUAUAUGUGUGUGUGUGUGUGUGUGUAUAAAUAGUACUAUAAGCUACUAGCUUGCUACCUACACAUAUAUAUAUAUCUAUAUAUAUUGCGUACGUGCAUAGAGUGGUGUCGAUCGGUUUCAUAACGUUUGUGUGUGUGGUGAUGACCAAUUGGCCAAGUUCUUGUGUAGGCGCACGCCAUUUCCAUUUCCAUUUCCAUCUCUCCUCCAUCUGUCUGUUGCCUGGUUUUAAAUAACUAUGUACUUGUGCAUCCGUGGCUUGAAUGAAUUAUUUUUUUUAGAGAAUAAUCGAAAUGAAAUGGAGCUAGGGUUACGUUGUACGUUGUUUAGAUAGAUAUUCAUUCUAGAUAUAUAGUAACAUUAUCAUAUGCAUAUAUGUAAGUUUAGACUUAUGUUCGUGAAUUAAGUGAUGGGUUCAAUAUACACACGCAUCAGG